UGUUCAACUGUUCACCGAAUACUCGUGAUACUUUGGUCAUUUAUUUCAACUUUGAAAUCAUGUUUGGACGAAUUGAAAUCGGAUUACGAUGUCAGAUAAAGAUUCUAUUGGUUGUAUCAAUCAAUUUAAUUGGUUCCAUCAGAUUCACCGAAUCAAGUCUUGAAGUUGAAUUAAUGCCUGGAAUCGUAAGUCCAACCAAAAAACCCAUAAAUGGCUUAGAGACUUAUCCAGAUGAAAAUGGUGUUACAAAGGAUGAUGCUUUUCUUAAGCUUCUUGAUGAGGGGUUUACAGUUUACGAGAAAUUAAAGAUUCCCGGUUUGGCUGAAGCCGAUGAUUUAUUAUAUGAUUACUCGGAGAAGGAAAAAGGAUCGAGAGUAUUUUUUCCAGAUUUUCCUGAUAUUCCUGGAAUACCAGCAUUAAGUAAAAAUGAAACUGGAGAAGGAAAAGAUAAUGGAGGGGAAAAGGAAGAUACUGGUGAUGAAAAAGACGACGAUGAAGAGGAUGAUGGAGAAGAUGAAGAGAAAAAAGUUUCAAACCAAGAGACAGAAGAUGAGGAAAAUGAAGAGGAAGGAGAUGGAGUAAAAGAGUAUAACAAAGAAAGAACUACAAUCACAGAGGAUGAUGAUAAUCAAAGAAAAAAUGUUAAAACAUUAAAUCAAGUAAUACCUGUUGAUCCAGAUGCAAUUAAAAUGUUGGAUAAAGGUGAACCUUUUAUUUCACAACGAAUAAAUGUAUCUGCGGAAAAAGUUCCCAAAAUAAUGAAUGUGGAAACAGUCAAUUCACAGCCAAAAUACAAUUACCAUUCAAAUUUCAAUACUAAAAAAAGUAAUGGCAAUAACAAUGGUAACACCGAGAAGGAUAAAAAAAUUGUUUUACUUUCCUAUGGAGGUAGAUAUGGUGGUAAACCCAAAUCUCUGAGACCUUUGAAUCCAGACGAGUUAAAGCAGGCAAUGUAUCACCAUCAACAACAACAACCAAUUCAAAGGAACAGUCAACAGUUCAAUCUCAACAACGAAAGAAGAAAACAAGAUCAAAUUAAUACAUGGAACCCACCUUCUUAUCCUCCUCCAUGGACAGUCACAAAUCAUAACAAAAACCGAAACAAUGAUCUUAAUAAUGAGAGUAAUCUACGAAAUAAACCUAGUAGUGAUAAAAAAUCUCAUGGAUCUGUGAUUGAUAAAAGUAAAAUGUAUGAAACAUUAAAUGGAAAUGAUGAUGAUUAUCAUCGUAUCGUUGUUCCUACAACACCAAGCGAGGGAGAUGAGCAAGCAUCACCAUCACCUAUUAAUCCUCAGAGUAAUUCAGUUGGUACUGACUUUUUUGAAGAACAUUUAUUAUCAUUAAGAUCACGUCGUCAUCGAGGCAAACGACAGGUUAUCCAAUCUUCAGAUCAUUCUGAUAUCCAAGUUACACCGAGUCCGUUGGGCUUAGCUGGUUUAUAUGAAGGUCCUAUGGUAAUACCAUUAAAUCCAAGUUUGGCAAAUUUCGACGAGCUUUAUCGUCGUCUAUUAUUGCAACAACUAUCUCUUGAAGGAGAUCAGCCAUUAUCUUACAUAGAGGAGAAUAGCUAUUUCAUCCCGGAAGGGAUUAGAUCACCACCGCCUUCACCUUCACCAUCAGCAUCUCUUCGCAAUAAUUUUUUAUCAACUCCUUAUCAUUCACAAUCAUCAUCAUCAGUUCGCCCUUCAAAAGCUCCAGGUUAUUGUAUCCACAGCUACCCUGGACAACCAUUCUCGUGUAAAAACUCUCUUAGAUAUAAUACUCCUAUUGUCCAUAAACCAGGUGUUGAUGAGCCUCGCAGAUUACGUGAUAUUUAUUUGGGUUAUCUUGAAAAUCCGUUAGUAAAUCAACAGCAAACUCACCAUGUUCAUAAUCCAUUUCUUGAUUCCUUCACAAACCCGGCGUCAUCUCUAUUCCACACUCAUAGUAAAGUUCAUAAUCACCAUUCAUCUGACUUUGAGCAAGCUAUGAGGCUGAUUCCAGAUGAGCCUGUAACCUAUCUUCAACCUUACGGAUCUUUUACACUUCAACCUCAUCCUAAUGCUUACGAUACACUUGAUCCAAUCAGUUUAAACCAAUACCAUGAAUUAGUCAAUAAUCUUCACAAUCAAAUUGGUUUAGGCAAUCCUUCAAUCAUGUCUACAGAUAUUGAUAUCACUUCAACGAUGCAUCCUAAACUAGUCUCACAACUUACAACACUUGCUGCUAAUGCCGCUAAUUCUGGUCCUAGUUCAUCGUCCAUGUCCGAUUCUUAUCACUCAAAAUUUCCAUCCAAUUUUGGAUCUUAUCAUAGUGCAGGAAAAAAUAAAAAACUUGGCUUAUUUGGAAAGAAUAGGAUUUUUGGAAGUAAAACUGAUUCAAAAAUUGCUCAGUUUAUGAAUAAACUAUCAGAAGAACGAGAUAAAUCUAGAAAAAUUCGAGAUUCUGAAUAUUUCAAAGGAAAGAUUAAGCGUAGCUCUGAUCCCAAUUUUCAUGACAAUUUGAAUGACCGAUCUGAUAAACUAUCACCAUCAACGUCACCUCCAUCUUUGCCAUCAACACCAGGAACGCACCAAAUAAUGGCAAGUGUUCGAUCAAAUAUUGAUUCAAGUCAACAUAAUCAGACUAACAUUAAUGGAACAUCCAAAUUUCAAUGAAUUAAUCAAAAAUAACCCUUAUCUUCAUGAUUGACUGUUAAUAUUUUGCCACUUUGCCAUUCAACUUACCAUAUAAUUACGAUAAUUAACGCAAUGUUUUGUUAGAUUUGUAAAAUCAUUUUGUCUUUUGUAAUUUGAUUAUUUUUUUUACUCGCAACUCGUGUUACUUUUUUUACGCUUUUAUUACUGUUGUUAAUAAAGAUACUAUUUUUUAUUCAA